CAGAGGAGCCGGGCGGGCGCCGUCGAGCCGGGGGUCGGACGAGGGUGCUGGCUGGCUGGCUGGCUGGGGGACCGGGGCCGACGGCGAGAUGCUGCAGCGGGAUCGGACGCUCCGGCUCCAGUUCGGGAACCGCAUCGAGGCCGUCUGCGUGGUGGGCACCCACAUCUCCAUCGACGUCUACGGCGCAGCUCCUGCAGAGGCGCUCACCUUCAGCGUGAAGCACACGGAUGGGGUGGAAGUGGAAGUCAUCACCCGUGACCAGCCGGAGCCGGCGCCUACCAAUGGCGGGAAGCAGUGGCCGCUGGACACCAAGACCGUCCUGAAGGUGUGGAUGAGCCGGCCCAGCACCGAGGCCAACGACAACAAGGUAACCGUAGGCUACUAUGGCGAGAACGGAGGCCCCCCUAUAGACCAAGCGGGUGUUUUCCUGACGGGCAUUGGGAUCUCCUUGGACGUUGACGCAGACCGCGAUGGGGUGGUGGAGAAGAACAACCCCAAAAAGGCGUCGUGGACCUGGGGCCCAGACGGACAGGGUGCCAUCCUGCUGGUGAACUGUGACAAGGAAAAUCCAUUCAUAGCCAUGGAGGACUGUCAGGACGACAAAGUGUAUUGCAAGGAAGACCUCGAGGACAUGUCACGCAUGAUCCUGCGAACACAGGGCCCAGAUAGGCUCCCUCCGGGGUACGAAAUGGUUCUCUACAUUCCGAUGUCGGACUCUGACAAAGUAGGAGUCUUCUACCUGCAGAACCCGUUCUUUGGCCAGCGCUACAUCCACGUCCUGGGCCGGAGGAAGCUCUUCCACGUGGUGAAAUAUACAGGAGGCUCGGCAGAGAUGGAAUUCUUCGUGGAGGGUCUUCGCUUCCCGGAUGACAGUUUCAAGGGGCUGGUCACCAUCAGCGUCAGCCUCCUGGAGAAACUGGCUGAGGGUAUUCCACAGACCCCCAUUUUUACAGACUCUGUAGUUUUCCGGGUGGCUCCGUGGAUCAUGACCCCAAACACCUUGGCACCAGUGACUGUUUUUGUGUGCAGCGUAAAGGAUAAUUAUCUCUUCCUGAAGGAGAUAAAGAGCUUGGUGAGCAAAGCCAACUGCCAGAUGAAGGUGUGCUCCAAGUAUAUGAACCGCAGCGACCGGUGGAUGCAGGAUGAAAUCGAAUUCGGCUACAUUCAUGCCCCUCACAAAGGUUUCCCAGUGGUUCUGGACUCCCCGAGGGAUGGGGGUCUCCAAGAUUUUGCUAUCAGAGAGAUUUUGGGUCCAGAUUUUGGCUACGUGACCAGGGAGGCUCUGUUUGAACUAGUCACCAGCCUGGACUCUUUUGGGAAUUUGGAGGUCAGCCCUCCGGUGACGGCCAACGGAAAGGAGUAUCCCUUGGGGAGGAUCCUCAUCGGAAGCAGCUUCCCCACCUGUGCCGGAAGAAGAAUGACGAAGGUUGUGCGGGACUUCCUGUAUGCCCAGCUAGUCCAGGCGCCCGUGGAACUCUAUUCGGAUUGGCUGACCGUGGGUCAUGUGGAUGAAUUCGUGACCUUUGUUCCCAUUCCUGGCAAAAAGCAAUUCCGGAUGCUCAUGGCGAGCCCUUCUGCCUGCUACAAGCUGUUCAGAGAAAAACAGAAAGAAGGCCACGGGGAAGCCGUCAUGUUCAAAGGGUAUACUGGGACAGACACAAAGCGCGUCACCAUUAACAAGGUCCUCUCCAACGAGAUCAUGGUGCAGGAGAACCAGUACGUGCAGCGCUGCAUCGACUGGAACCGGGACAUCCUCAAGCAGGAGCUGGGGCUGACGGAGGAGGACAUCAUCGACCUCCCGGCCCUCUUCAAGAUCGACAAGCAGGGCAAGGCGAUGGCCUAUUUCCCCAACAUGGUGAACAUGAUUGUGCUGUACAGGGACCUGGGCAUCCCCAAGCCGUUUGGGCCCAUCAUCGAGGCCGAGUGCUGCCUGGAGCAACACGUCUGCUCCCUGCUGGACCCCCUGGGGCUGACGUGCACCUUCAUCGAUGACGUCUCCUCCUACCACAAGCACCUGGGAGAAGUCCACUGUGGCACCAACGUCCAGCGCAAGCCGUUUUCCUUCAAGUGGUGGAACGCCGUCCCCUGAAAGGCCCAGGAGCUGCGGGGGACAGAAGCGAGGAGGAAGGCUGCUGCAGUCAGAAGCCGAAGGGUGGACUCAGAGAAACGGUCUCCCCCCCCCGCAUGCGUUGACCUGUCUUGUGCCGUUCACCAUCGCGGGGGCCUCGGAUCAAGUGGAACUGCUUCCCUCCUCCCUGCACGGAGGACUCUGCCCCCAGCUGUCCUUGAGAAGCGGCCCCGUCAGUCGCAGCUGGUCUUUUUUGAGGGGUGUGUGUGUUGUUCUUCAGAAUCCUCCCAGAGAAGCUUCUUGGCCUUUCGUUUUGUUUCUCUGUUUACUUGGAGAUGGAUCCGAGUUUGUGAGGGAGCAUUCUGGUGCAGUGUGGGUGUUUGAUGUUGUGUUUCCCUGUAGCCCUGCGCGUGCCGUGUGUGUGUGCUCUGUUUUGCCCACUAGGCUGCCAAAGGGCCGUUUCCCUCCCCCCCCCUUCUUUCUCUUGCAUGUGGCGGACCCAAAGGCCAUUCCAUAGUGUGUGUGCACAAAGCGCGUGUGUUGGAAGUCGCGGCAGCUGGAGGACGUCUUGCUGGUUUGGGGGCAUUAUACCAAUAUGGGUUUUUGGAAACGGUGGCACAGAAGCUGCUGGGUGGGUUCAGGUGGCGCUGACUUGAAACGGUAAUAAAAUGGGG